UGGGCACACGGCCUCGCAUAGGUUACCACUACUAGUAGCCCACGACCAACCGCUCCCGUCGAUCCAUCCAUCAUCUGAUUGCCGCCGCCGCUUGCCGCCCAUCCAGCUCACACUGACCGCUACGUCUCGCUCUCUCCAUCCCUCUCCUGGCUAAUUGCCUAGCUACGGGUAGAGCUAGCUAGCUGGUGAUCACCACGCGCGCCCGCAGCUCGUCUCGUUUUAAGCCGGCCGGGCCGGACACGGCAUGCGCUGCCCCGCCCGCACGGCACACUAUGGCUCCAGCCUCCGCCGGCGCCAAGCGCCCCUUCGCCGCCGACUCCGCCCACGACGCUGCUGAGCAAGAGCAAUCACUCGCGCAGGUCCAGGAGAGCGCGGUGAGCAAGAAGAACGGCCAGAGCGAGCAGCCGAAGCUGGAGUGCCCACGGUGCAGCUCCACGGACACCAAGUUCUGCUACUACAACAACUACAGCACGGCACAGCCGCGCCACUACUGCCGCACCUGCCGCCGCUACUGGACGCACGGCGGCACGCUGCGCAAGGUCCCCGUCGGCGGCGCCUGCCGCCGCGGCUCCGGCAGCAGCAGCAAGCGCCGCAGGCCCUCCGCCGAGCCCCACACGCCCUCCUCCGGCUCGCCGCAGCCGGACCAGCAGGAGCAAGACACGCUCCCCCCGCUCCCGGUCUUCCCGUUCCUCACCGAUGGCGGCCCCGCCUUCCUGCCGCAGUUCGACCUCGGGCUCUACGACGGGCUCGCGGCGCCCACCGGCGCAUGGGAGGACUUCGGCGGCCUUGAGCUCACCUGGCCACCACCGCCACCCCCGGAGGCCGGCAACUGAUGAUCGGCGUCGUCAUGUCGGUCGGCGCGCUCGAGGCUCCUGUUCUAUCAUCGCAGCCUCGAUCGGUCAGCUAGUUGCUUACUUUUACCAGUCUGCAGUGUGUCUGUCUCCUGAGCUAGGAAUGUACGUACCAGUCUGCAGUGUUUCUUCUGAUGCUUAGGUAUAAAUGAUGUGGCGAUUAUUGUUUGAACCAAUGGACCAUGAUCAGUCGUGUAGCAGCAGGGAGGAGGACUUAAGUAUGUAACUCGGUCCGUGAAGUGAUAUAAUAUUUUAUAUAUUUGCAAUAAUAAAUGGUUAUAUGGUGUGGUUGCUCAA